CAGACGCCACUAUACUGGGCCUCUGGGAACGGGCACAUCGACGUUGUCAAGCUACUACUCGAGAAGGGGGCCGAUGUGAAUGCAGCUGAACAGGACGGACAGACGCCACUACGCUGGGCCUCUGAGAGCGGGCACGUUAAUAUUGUCAAGCUACUGCUCGAGAAG